AUGGACGAUAUCCUCAUCUACUCCAAGAACAUGAAGGAGCACGUGGAGCAUCUACGGAAGGUGUUCGAGAUCCUGCGGAAAAAUAAGUUCUACGUGAAGCUGUCGAAGAGCGACUUCGCACUAGAGAAGGUGCAGUUUCUCGGGCACAUGGUGAGUGCCAAGGGCGUACACGUGGACCCGCGGAAAAUCGAAGCCGUUAAAAAGUGGAAGGUUCCGGAGAACGUGAAGGAGUUGCAGCAGUUCCUAGGCUUCGCCAACUACUACAACAGGUUCGUGCCACAGUACGCUAAAAUAGCAGCGCCACUGACCGACCUACUGAAAAAGGACACGCCCUUCAAAUGGGGUGCUCCUCAUUAG